CGACGGAACAACGACGGUCAUAUCACAAGACCGUCGUUGCUUUGAUACUGGACAAUGGCAUGAUAACUGUUUCUGGGGCAGGGGAUGGACUUCACGGAGUGCUACAGAGACACCGUUUCCAGUGUUGCUGCUGCAGCUCGUGCAGGCUGCAGGAAGCGGGUGAGGAGGCUGAUAAAGCGGGGCUGCAGUGUGGAUUGUCGGGACAACCGCGGCUGGAAUGCCUUGCAUGAGGCAGCAGCAGCUGGCAGCACGGAGUGUGUGCUAGAAAUUCUGUCUGCUGUCGGCGGCUCCUCCCAUGGCUGUCGUGCCUAUGUGAACUCUUUGACACAUGAGGGGGAAUCUGCAUGUUACCUGGCAGCACAGCGUGGACACCUGGCAGUGGUCCGACUCCUCCUGAAAGCACAUGCCAACAUCAACCAGCUAACUAAUGAUUUGUCCUGUCCUCUGUAUGCAGCUGUAGAUGGCGGACACAAGGAGGUUGUGGAACUGCUGGUUGGUAAAGGUGCAGAGGUCAACAGAACACACACUGCGUCCUGCUGGACCUGCCUUCAUCAAGCUGUUUAUAAGGGUCACAGUGAAAUAGUGCGCAUACUGGUUGAUGUAUGCAACUUGGAGGCACUAGACGACCACAGGAUCUCCCCUCUCUUUGUGGCUGCACAGUAUGGACAGCAGGAAUGCCUAGAAGUCCUUGUUAAUGCUGGUGCCGAUGUGAAUACCCAGGCAGCUGAUCUGGCUACACCACUGCUGAUUGCUUCCCAAGAGGGUCACCAGGCAUGUGUGGAUUUCUUGGUGGACCAUGGGGCAGAUCCUAACAGAACCUGCAGCCAGGGCUGGCCCCAGUUUCCCAUUCAUGCUGCUGCUGAGUUUGGCCACAUCGGUAUCCUCAGGAAGCUGAUAGCUGUUACGGAUCGUGUGUGUGACCGUGGUGAUGGCAUGGUAAGUCCACUGUACGUGACCAUCAACAACAGUCAGAUCAAGAGUGUCGAGCUGCUCCUAAGUGAAGGCUAUAGCCCAGAUGCCCAGAACUGCACACACAACUUUGGCCUCCGUUCACCACUCGCCCUCGCCUUGUGUCAAAUGUCCAACAAACCAUACAGUGAAAUAGUGAGGUUGCUGGUAGCUGCAGGAGCAAGUUUGACUGAGGAGGACUGGAUGUAUGCCUUGGCCACUGACAAAACAGACUUUCUGCAGCUGAUACUUGAGCACAGAUUGAUCCCUCGACCAGAGACUUUGAUCAGGGACUGUACUGUAUCACAACAUCAUGGGAAAACUGUGUUAAAGCUGCAGGAACUGAGGGAGCUGCUCUGUGUGGCACAAAACCAAGUGCAUUUUGCUGCCUGUUGGCUUCCUCUGCUUCUGAAGGCAGGAUUGGACCCUUCUCUACUGCUUCAACCCCACAUGUUGGAACAGGCAGACAACGAGGUGUUGAAUUACCUACUAGAGUUUGUAAACUGGUCAACUCUUUCUGCCCCUUUAAAACAUAUUCUGAAUGAAAGACGGGUGGAAAAGACCUGGGAACCAAGUCCAUAUUUAGACUCCAUUCCCUGUCUUGCCCACAUCUGCCGACUGCAGGUUAGAGCUGUGUUGGGACCAGAUCUACUGAUGACGACCAAUAUAGUCCAUCAGCUCCCUGUGCCCACCCCACUUCAUGGCUUCCUUCAAUUCAGGGAUAUUCCAGAAACCUCCUACUCACACUCACCGCCAUCACCACUUUCAAAUCGAAUAGAGGAAUACUACAGUACACACCAACAUAGACACGUUCUAUAACCCCAUCCAGUUUUCCCCUCUAUGUUGCUUUAAGGUUUGACAGUUUAAGACACAGUCCUGUGCGGAAGUUUUAGGCACUAAAAGUAAAGUGAGGAUGCUUUCAAUGCCAUGAAUAUCUUUUAUUUAUCUAUGAACUUAAUACAAAGUGAUGUAAAUGGGGAAAAAACUAAUAGCACAGUUUCAGCCUCUCCUGAAAGCUAUAUGAUGUUUACAGGGCAAAUUCAGACCUAAGAAUCCAUGUUUUUAUGGCUUUCAAUCAAAUGGAAAUAUUUGCAAUGUCUGUGGAUCAUUUUAUACACAUUUCCUCAACAUUAAGCUUAUUUGCGUAUCUUUGUAGAGUUUGGGGUCAUACGUAUUUUAAAUAUAACUUUUGUGGGUUUCAACACAGUUCAACUAUACGGGUGAGGUUUAAAAAGAUUAAGAAGCACUUAAAAGAUGACCUCAUGAUAUUUCACCUGUUACUUAUCAAACAUCCUUCUACUCAUUUCCGUAUUGCAAUAUAACUAUUUAAUUUGUAUUCACAUUGUUCGCCAAGGAGGCACCUUAUAUGUAUGUUUUUUGUAAUUAAAGUAAAUUAUAAGUGAAAAAAAUGGUGAUUGUUUUAUUUAUAUAUUGAUAUGCCGUUUGUGAUAUGAAAAUAAAAGCCACUUGGACACUCUGA